UUUAAGUCACGCUUCAUCCUCGCAAUGGCCGGAAUCACAAUAGUUUUCGACUUCGACAAGACCAUUAUCGACGUGGACAGCGAUAAUUGGGUCGUCGACGAGCUCGGUGCCACCGACUUGUUCAACGAGCUCCUCCCCACCAUGCCGUGGAAUUCUCUCAUGGAUAGAAUGAUGAAUGAGCUACAUGCACAAGGGAAAACCAUUGAAGAUGUGAAGGAAGUUUUGAGAAGGGUUCCCAUACAUCCAAGAAUUGUGCCUACAAUCAAAACAUUACAUGCUUUAGGGUGUGAUUUGAGAAUAUUGAGUGAUGCAAACCUGUUUUUCAUCGAGACGAUUGUUGAUCAUCUUGGAAUAAAGGAUUGCUUCUCCGAAAUCAACACGAAUCCAAGCUAUGUCGACGAAGAAGGGAAGCUUAGAAUCUCUCCUUUUGUUGAUUUUCAGUCAUCACCUCAUGGCUGCACUCUUUGCCCUCCAAACAUGUGCAAGAGCAUGAUCAUAGAUAGAAUUCAAACCACAUUAGCUAAGGAAGGAAGGCAAAGGAUUAUUUACCUUGGAGAUGGGAUUGGUGACUUUUGCCCGAGUUUGAAGCUGCGAGACGAAGAUUUCAUGAUGCCAAGGAAAGACUUCCCGGUAUGGGGGCUAAUAUGCGAAAAUCGUGCGCUUUUGAGAGCUGAAAUCCACGAAUGGAUCGAUGGCGAGGACAUGGAGAAGAUUGUGAUGAAGCUUAUAGAGAAGAUCAAGAUUCAAGAUUCAGUUCAAUUGCUACCGGUUGAUUUCAAGAUUGAGGCAAUGCCAAUUGCCUUACCUCAAUCAGUCAAAGUUCAGCAGUAGUAUUUUUUUUAAAUCUAUAAUUUGGGUUGAAUAAGAAUAUGUGGAGUUUUUAGCCACUAUUUGGUUUA